CCACACCUCCCCUGAUCUGACAAACUCGCAGCAUCCAGGCGGGGUGGCGUGGCGUGCUGGGAGCCUUUCCACGACAACCUGUCAAGAUAGAGGAAAAAAACAUUUUGAACAUUGGAGGUUGCAUAUAAUGUGAUUGGUUAAACCACAACAGGCAGACAUGAGUUUGGGAGCGGCGUGCAUCUUCCUGCGAGGCGGGAAAAACAUUUCGAGAGAGUUGGUGGAUGAUGAGAUCGAUGAACUGCGUGAAGCGUUCAAUGAGUUCGACAAGGACAAGGACGGCCUGAUCAGCUGUAAGGACCUGGGCAACCUGAUGAGGACCAUGGGAUACAUGCCCACCGAGAUGGAGCUCAUUGAGCUGAGCCAAAACAUCAACAUGAACCUUGGCGGCCGAGUUGACUUUGAGGACUUUGUGGACCUGAUGGCACCCAAACUUCUGGCAGAAACUGCUGGCAUGAUUGGCGUGAAGGAGCUGAAAAACGCCUUUAAAGAGUUCGACGCGGAUGGCGACGGCGAGAUCACAACAGAGGAGCUGCGUUCCGCCAUGAAUAAGCUAAUGGGGGAGCACAUGAGCCGCAGGGAGAUAGACGCCAUAGUCAAAGAGGCGGACGACAACGGAGAUGGCACGGUAGACUUUGAAGAGUUUGUCAGAAUGAUGUCCCAUCAAUGACGACAAUGCUGACCGGACCUUUGCACCUGUGCUACAUUUUCAGUCAAAACUCAAGCAAGUUACUCUGCUAUGCAAAGACUGACAAUCAAGAGACUAAAUCUACAGUGGUACCUCGGUUUGCCGAAUUCAUCCGUGUAUGAAUGUUUCCAAGAAGAAAUAAUAAAUCCAAAUAAUCUGUUCCAGACACCCAAUAAUGCUAACACAGAUGGAGAAUCAUUUUACAUUAGGAAUGACAUGGUUACACGUACAUUUCACACCAACUUUAUCGUUUAUUGAAGACUUUAUUGAGUGGCGCCACCUCUGUACUUUGCUACGACUUCCUUCUUGAAUUCAAUAGUGUUUCUCACCUUCUUUAUCAUAGUGCUGACACUUUUGUUGGAGGACGGCGUGGCUCAGUUGGUAGAGCGACAGUGCCAGCAACAUACAACAUUCCGGCUAACAUUUGGCAAAGUCGUUUGUAAACAGAUUUAUGGCCGACCUAGUUUGAUCCCCAGCUUCCGUCGUCCUAGUCACGCUCGUUGUGUCCUUGAGCAAGACACACCCUUGCUUGUUGUGGUGCAUGUGUGUGCGAAUCAGUGUGUGAAUGUGGACAUAGUGUCAAAGCACUUUGAGUACCUUGAAGGUAGAAAAGCGCUAUACAAGUAUAACCCAUUUACCAUUUGUUAUAUUCAAGAACGCAUAGACGACGUAUGAGGGACAUUAUUCAGAAUUACAUCUUAUACACACUACUGAAAUGCUCUCAAAUAAACAACUGAAAUGUUUUUCUCUCACACACACUACUGAAACACUCAUUUACACACUACUGAAAUGCUCUCACAUAAACAACUGAAAUGUUUUUCUCUCUCACACACUAGUGAAGCACUCUCAUACACACUACUAAAACACUCUUACACACACUACUGAAAUGUUUUCUCUCACACACACUACUGAAACACUUUCAUAAACACUACUGAAUAUUUUCUCUCUCACGCCCACACACACCUGGAAUUAUUUUUCACGCAUGGACGACGUCUGUGUGCUCACACAACUUUGUGUACAUUAACUGAUGCAAUCACACACACGGGAGAGAAAGUUAUACGGCACAACACGUCACACUGUCGUGACUCCCUUUACGUCGUAUAAAGUACUUUUGGUGAAAAUAUUUGCAAACUGAAACCGGGGAACAUGAUAACCGAGGUAUCACUGUAUCUCUGUUUUGCUUAUUUAUUCCUUGAACUGUGCAACACUGACAAUGUAAACAGAUUAGGUUACAUUACACAUUCAUUAGUGAAUAGAAUUAUUAUUCCAAAUAUCUACAAUGAUCAAAAAUAGUAAAUAUAUACCGCUUUCUGUGCUUUAUAACAUGAGUCUGUGUGAGUCAUAUGUUUUUUUGCGAGAGUUAAGUAUUCAUUCUGCAUAGCAACACGAAUAGUACCUAACUUGCAUAACACAUAGCUUGCAGGUUGUAUAAUAAAACAAUAGGAUGAUCUAUGUAUGUUCCAGAGCUAGGAUUUGGACAAUAAACACUAUGCAGUCAAA